ACACUCUUUGACACAGAAUGUCAGGUAGACGGCCAGGGAAUCUGCGCAGGUAUUUGGAUAAACGAUUCAAACCUACUUUUGAUCAGUAUGGUACUAAAGAUGGUAUUCCUUUGGCUGACUUGAAAAGACUUCUUGGGAAGUCUGAUUUACCAGAAUCGAAAAUUCACAAUAUCGUAGACUCAUCGGAUGCAGAUGGUAAUCAGUUAAUCACAUAUGAUGAGUUCCUAAAACAGGUUCUGUCCGAAGAUGAAAAAACUCUCCGAAGAUUGCGUAUUCACAAACGUAUUCUUAAUCGAGCUGUGUUAGCAGUAGCACCAGUUUGUGGACGCGAGCAUCAAAGGACUGUUGCUGUAAAUUCUGGUUAUGAUGCCGUCGAUACUUACAAUUGGGGUGAAGCAGAUGUUGAUAAUUACGUAGAAGCGUAUGACUGUCGCCCUCCUCCUUUAUUUAUUCCUUUGAUAACUGUUGCUGAGAUUGCAGUUUUUAUAUACUACGUUGUUACUUUUAGCAAAAAUCCUGACUCUUCCAGUAUUGUUACAGCUUCAUCUGGUGUUCCAAUAGACAGUAUAUUGAUUUAUAAUCCAACUAAGCGUCAUGAAGCAUGGAGAUUUCUAACAUAUAUGUUUAUUCAUAAUGGUUAUAUGCAUCUAGCUUUCAACUGUUUACUUCAAGUUGUACUUGGUCUUCUACUUGAAAUCGUUCAUAAAUUUUGGCGAGUUGGAUUAGUUUAUUUAUUAGGCGUUAUUUCAGGUUCCUUAGCUCAUUCUGUGAGCGAUCCAUUUGUUUUGUUGGCUGGAGCUAGUGGUGGUUGUUAUGCUCUCAUUGGUGCUCAUUUAGCUACUGUAAUAAUGAACUGGGAUAUAAUGCAGGAGGGAUGGCUGAAAGAUCCUUUGAACUUUAUAUCAAGUGGUGUGGUCAGGUUAAUUCUAAUUAUUCUUCUUGGUGGUGGUGAUACCGGGUUAGCUAUUUAUGCUCGAUUAAAGAAUCCAGAUGAAAGAACACGUGUUGGUUUCUCUGCUCAUUUUGGUGGCUUCAUAGCAGGUCUUUUAUUAGGUGUAGUUAUUUUGCGCAAUUUAAAGGUAGAAAAAUGGGAAAAAAUCUUCUUUUGGAUAUGUAUUCUUUUCUUCAUUCUAUUUGCUAUAGCGGCUAUCCUAUUCAAUGUGUUCUGUGCCAGAAUUAAUAAAUGUCCAAUUUCUUUGUGGAACACUUAAAAAAUCGAUCAAACGUUUGUUUACCUUUUCGACAAAGAUCUUAUGUGUUUUUGUAUUGUGAAAAUUCAUUUUUCAUAUUGUGGAUCUAAUUUUUUUUUUACUUCAGCAUAUGUAUGCAAUUAAUUCAAACAUUUUUUCCCUUGUGUAUGCGUAUGUACGUGCCUUGCUUUUUUUUUAGUCUACUUUAUUGAAUUAUUUAAGAUAUUUUGAAAAUCGUUUAUACCUUUUUUUAAAAAUAUUUUUCACUUUUAUUGAUGAACAUUGUUGUUUAACUUCCUUGAUUAUCAAAUACUUUCUACUCAUUCAAAUUAAAUUGACCUAUCCAAUCAUGUCUAGUUAAUCUUUCGUGCAUAUUUCUAGUACUUGGACGUUUACUAAUGUUUUACUAAAAUGACUGUUAGUGUGGAAUAGGCCUACACUGAACGAUAAAUUGUUAUUGUUUUCAUAUAUAUCAUGUUUUUUAAAUCUAGUCCUAAUGAUUUUGUUUAUUUGUUUAUUAUCCUUCAAUCCAUGAUCAUCCCUGCCUAUUUUGAUUGGAUUAACUUUCAUUUUAUCAUUAGGAUCGAUUUGUAGUAGUAGUAUUAUUAAUAUUUAGUUGCGCAUCAGACAAUCUAAAUCGGGUCGAUAUUUUUCUGAUCGUUCUUAUUUUCAUAUAGCAUUAUAGCGCACAUACAGGGAAGGAUAACUACUGUGUGUGAAAGGAUGUGAUGACUCACAAAGUGCGUUAUUGAUGCGAAUUUCUUUUUUGAAAGAAAAAAAGACGGAAUGAAGCAGAUUAAAUAAAUAAAAGAAAGUAGAUCGGUGAGACUAUUUAUUUUUUUAGUUAAGACUUGCUCAUUUUUGUUAGUUUGUGUCUUUUUCACCUGAGUUAUCGACAGACACUAAUGACUAAAAUUGAUCAAUAAUUUUUUCUCUUUUAAAUGAAUAACUUGUGUAGGUGUUUCUAAAGAAUUGUGUAUUUGAAUACAUUGCGCAAUUGAGUACUUUACAUAUUGUUAUUGUUUUCUAUUUGUAUACAAUCUACAAUAUAUUUGUGUACUUAAUAAA